AUGAUGUAUGAUGUGAAGCUGAGGGAGCUGGGUUUGUUCAGCCUGGAGAAAAGAAGGCUAAGGGGAAACCUUACUGAUGUCCACAGCUGCUGUCCAGAUCAGAGGGUGCAGAGAAGACAAGCUAAAGACUCUUCUUGGAGAAGACUGGCUCGUGAAAAAAAAUCUUACUUGGUCUGUUUCCACUGUAGAGAACCUGGCCAUGGUGUUGCUGAUUGUCCUGCUGUGCUGGAAAGUCAGGACAUGGGAACAGGAAUCUGUUACCGCUGCGGCUCCACGGAGCAUGACAUCAGCCAGUGCAAAGCCAAAGUAGAUCCAGCUGUUGGGCCAUUCCCAUAUGCAAAAUGUUUCAUCUGUGGUGAGAUGGGGCAUCUGUCAAGGUCAUGUCCAGAUAAUCCCAAGGGAUUGUAUGCUGAAGGGGGUGGCUGCAGACUUUGUGGCUCUGUGGAGCACUUCAGGAAGGAUUGUCCAGAAAAACAGAACAUAGAUCAGGUGACGGUUGGGCGAUGGGCCGUUGGGAUGAGCGCAGAUUAUGAAGAAAUUGCAGAAACACCACAGCUGCAAAAAACAAAACAGAAAGUACCAAAAAUUGUUACUUUUUGA